GGUAGCUCCCGCCGGGACGCGCUGGGAAGGAGGGCGGGAGGGAAAGGAGGGAGGGGGGAGGCCGGUGCCCGAUCCAAGAUGGCGGUGCAGGAAUCAGCCGCUCAGCUCUCAAUGACUCUGAAGGUGCAGGAGUACCCCACUCUCAAGGUGUUAUAGGCUAACACAGUUGAGGAGAGGAAGCACAGCAUUUUUGUGACCCUUGAAAGGAGAGCAUAGUUCUGUAAUGGUUCCCCCCACCUAAUCGGGUGCCAUACGAAACACUGAACAAACGAUUUCGAGCCGCCCAGAAGAACAUUGAUCGGGAGACCAGCCACGUGACCAUGGUGGUGGCGGAGCUGGAGAAGACGCUGAGCAGUUGUCCCGCUGUGGACUCCGUUGUCAGUCUCCUGGAUGGAGUCGUUGAAAAGCUCAGCGUUCUGAAACGCAAGGCCGUGGAGUCAAUCCAGGCUGAAGAUGAGAGUGCGAAGCUCUGCAAGCGCAGGAUUGAGCACCUGAAGGAGCACAGCAGUGACCAGCCGGCUGCUGCCAACAUGUGGAAGAAGAAGCGCAUGGAUCGCAUGAUGGUGGAACAUCUCCUGCGCUGUGGCUACUACAACACAGCUGUAAAACUGGCCAGACAAAGUGGGAUCGAGGAUUUGGUAAAUAUUGAGAUGUUUUUGACUGCUAAAGAAGUGGAAGAGUCAUUGGAAAGACAAGAGACUAUGACUUGUUUGGCUUGGUGUCAUGACAACAAAUCCAGACUCAGAAAAAUGAAGGGGCGCCAAACUGAGAAUGUGCCAAUGGGAUGCAAAAGUCAGUUGGCCAGUGAUUACUCUAGAGAAAAUGAUGGUCUUGUUAUGGAAACCAUUAAAGGAAAACCAGAAUUGAGCUGUCUGGAGUUCAGCCUAAGGAUUCAGGAGUUCAUUGAACUCAUUCGACAGAACAAGAGACUGGAUGCUGUGAGACAUGCAAGAAAGCACUUCAGUCAGGCUGAGGGAAGCCAGCUGGAUGAGGUUCGACAGGUGAUGGGAAUGUUGGCCUUUCCUUCAGAUACUCAUAUCUCUCCCUAUAAGGAUCUCUUGGACCCUGCUCGAUGGAGAAUGCUGAUCCAACAGUUUAGAUAUGAUAACUACAGACUACAUCAGCUGGGAAACAAUUCUGUUUUUACUAUAACACUCCAGGCAGGCCUUUCAGCUAUAAAAACACCACAGUGUUAUAAAGAGGAUGGGAGCUCAAAAAACCCCGACUGCCCUGUGUGUAGCAAAUCCCUGAACAAGCUGGCUCAGCCCCUGCCGAUGGCACACUGUGCCAACUCCCGACUAGUCUGCAAGAUUUCGGGGGAUGUAAUGAACGAAAAUAAUCCUCCUAUGAUGUUACCAAAUGGAUAUGUCUAUGGAUACAAUUCUCUGCUUUCUAUUCGUCAAGAUGACAAAGUAAUUUGCCCAAGAACCAAAGAAGUCUUCAACUUCUCACAAGCUGAGAAAGUCUACAUCAUGUAGGUCUGUAAACCACAGGAUGAAGUGCCGCUGGAAUUUUGACACAGUGUAUCUUGGCAUACCCUGUAAAGGGGGGGGCCUUAAUGUGUGGCAAAGAAGCAAAAGCUGCCACCUUGGGGAGCAGACCUGUCGGUGGCAUUAUUGUUUCUUGCGACCAAAGAUCAAUGAGCAACAAUAAACACUCUUGAAAGGAAAAAAAAAAAAAAAAAAAAAAAGAA